UGCUGUUAUAAUCGCGUGGGAGAAGGAUUACUUAACGCAAUUACUAAUUUAUUUAAAAUGAUAAUUUACUUAUCCAUGUUAUCGAUUAGCUUAUUAUUAAUAACUCACAGUGUGACAAGUGCGGCAUUAGCAAGAAAUAAACGUGUGCCUCGGAGACAUAUACAGUUUACGAGGUCUUGUAAUUAUAAUCAUAAUCCAACAGCAGCGACGAGAGUAUAUAAUCCGAUAAAUGCGUACGAAGAUGAUGAAGACAUAAAAGCAAAAGAUAUGGAGAAGAGGGCUGUAAUGAUUAAUGAAGAUGUCAUGAAUCUAGUAAGCAAAGGAAAAACCCUAAAUCAUGGGGCCUCGUCAGGGAAUAAUCCUUUUUACGACAUGUUUCCGUUCGCUAUAGGUAAAGAUUAUGAAGAAAACGUCUAUUUGAAACCGAGAGCGCGAUCGAUUGUGCUACCGGGAAAAUCUUACAUAUCACGAGGACCUGACAUAACUUCCGAAACGAUGGAGAAAAGAGGAAAGAAGAUAAGAAGGAGUUCAUACGUAAGAAAACUGAGAGUGGACAAACGCCAAUUGUCUGCUUAUAUUAAUGAAACAGAAAAAGUUUUGAAAUCAAACUCUGAAGAUGUGGUUAAUGAAAAUUCGGUACCGAAUACGCAAAAUUUUAAACGAAGGAAGCAAUUGCGUGAUCCUGUCGUUCCAAUCAUUGAUUCAGAAAACUACGUUUAUUCACAUUCGGGAAACUUUCAUUACAGCUACGAAGGCGGUGAUGGCACGAAAGCUUACGAGAGAGGUGAACUACGAAAAUCCAAUGGUGGUGCCGGAAGUGCUGUUGAAGGAAACUUUUCCUACAAAGGUAAAGACGGCAAUGACUAUAGCCUAUCAUACACAGCUGACGAGAGGGGGUACAGGCCAGUAGGAGAUCAUUUACCUACUCCUCCACCGAUACCCCCGGCCAUACAACGUGCUUUAGCCUAUCUUGCAACAAAACCCACGUCAGAACCAAUCACAGAAAGAAAUCUUGGCAGAAAGUUAACCCUGAAUUCGCAAAACGGUGAGAAAAACGAUCAUUUGGUUUAUGUUACAGCCUAAAGAGGCAUCCAAAUUCAUUAUAAAAGGAUUCGUGUUAUAAUAAAUUGUUUUCAAAAGAAA